CUCCAUGUCCACCAACACCUUGUCCUCCCUGUACAACCACAACGACAACUACCACGACUACUACCACAACCACUACCACAACCACAACUACAACCACUACUACCACAACUACUACCACAACGACGACGACGACAACAACCACCUGUCCUCCCUGUCCACCAACCCCAUGCCCUCCAUGUCCACCACCACCUUGUACUCCCUGUCCACCACCACCUUGUACUCCCUGUCCACCAACACCGUGUCCUCCUUGCACAACCCCGUGCCCUCCGUGCACAACCCCGUGCCCUCCGUGCACAACCACGUGUCCACCAUGUGAGACCACAACGUGCCCUCCCUGUCCGUCCCUCGUCUGUACAGCUGACCACAUGGGCAUGCAAUGGCCAGGAAGCAGACCCGAGACCUUCUUCGUGUGCCACACAAUCGGCUUGCCAGGUAUUGAGAUGACUUGUCCAGCGGGAACCGUCUUCCAGUUCCAGGUUCAGAAC